AUGUGCGGCUUAAGCAACACAGAAACUUGUAGAUCGUGUCGAUCUGAAUUAUUACCGUCAAAAUCCUUGCAAUUGGAUGGAAAAUACAAAACUUUAUCAGGCAACUCGAAAUAUUUAUCGGAAAUCUUUUGGGAAUGUACAGGAGUUGGAGUCACAAACGAGUCGAAUGCGCUUUGUUCAAAAUGUGCGAGUAUUCUAAUUGCUUCUUACGAGUUCAAACAAAUGGCGCAAAUGUCGGAAAAAGCAAGAAAUGGUCAAAAACCAUUGAAGAAAGUCAAAAAAGUAAAAUAUUUGAGAAGAGCAAGGAAUACGUGGAAAGCUCAUCGAUGUCCCGCAUUCGGAUGCAAUUUAAUCUUUCGUUAUAACGCGGAUCUUUUGGAACAUUUAAAAAACUCACAAAAAUCCCCGAAUCACAAUUUCCGUUGUGACAUCUGCGACAAAUUCUAUUCGACAAAAGACGGAAUUCGAGCGCACCUCCAACAAUUUCACAAGGACUACAAGUGCUCUCGAUGCAACGAAAUUCUCCAUGGUCGUCAUCACUUGUACGCCCAUCGACGUAAGCUACACGAUGCAAAAGUUGCCGUUAUCUGUGCAAAAUGCGGCAAGUCGUUCACCAACAACGAAGUGCUGCGACGUCAUGUCCGCGGUGUGCACGACAAAAAACUGGAUUACGAGUGUAACGUUUGCGGUAGACGUUGCUUGACGAGUUCUAAUCUAAAGUGUCACUCGUUGAUUCAUGCAGCGCCGGGAAAGUACGAUUGUGACGUAUGCGGUAAGAGUUUUAAGCUAAUGGUCAACUUGAAAUUGCAUCAAAAGACGCAUAGGAGUGUCAAGGCGCCGCAGGAAAGUGACGUCAUUAAGCCGUUGAAUGUAAAAGAAAAUAGCACAUGGAAGAAGCAUGAAACCACCUUAUCGCCGAAAAAUAGUUUCGGCGAUUUUGGUACGAGACUUGAACGGAGAUUGUAUCUUCAGUAG